AUCCGCAUCAGCCAGAAAGGCCGGCACGCGCUGCUGAAUUUCUGCUUCCACACCGCCCUGACCUUUGCCGUGUUCGCCGGUGGCAUCAACCGCACCAAAUAUCCCAUCCUGUGCCAGGCGGUGGGCAUCGCACUGCACUAUUCCACACUGUCCACCAUGCUGUGGAUUGGAGUGACCGCCAGGAACAUCUACAAGCAAGUGACCAGGAAGGCCCCUCCGUGCCCUGGUGCAGACCAGCCGCCGUACCCCAAGCAGCCCCUGCUCAGGUAUUGGAGCGUGCUCCCGGGCCCCGGCGCCACCCAGGGGGGACCCCUGGGGACCCCUGACCGGGACGAGCCUCCACAGGGCUUAGCAAGGCCUUUCGUAUUCAAGUGUACAGAGUGUGAUUCCUACAGGCCAGAGGGUAUCUCUGAGAAGAAAACACGCUUCUACAAGUAUGCUGGGGCUUUUAGCCAUGAUCAAAAUGGAGCAGCCCCAGGCUCUUUCCCUCUCCUGACUCCACGACACCUCUGCUGGAACCGCCCUGGCGGCUUCCUGCCCCUUCUCCACAUGUCUCCCGAGGGCAUGGCAGGCUCGCUCAGGGCACCAUCAGGACAGAUAGACCUGCUCCCUCAGCAGGUCUAUGCCAGUACUCUGUCAGAUAGCUGCUGGAUGGCCUGGGAGCCCAGCCUGGGGGCCUUCUACGGGCCAGCGGCCUUCAUCACACUGGUCACCUGCGUGUACUUCCUGGGCACCUACAUCCAGCUGCGGCGCCACCCCGAGCGCAGGUACGAGCUGCAGGAGCACCCGGAGGAGCGGCGGCGGCUGGCGGGGCCCGAGGGCAGCCGCUGCCCAGGGCCGCGGCCCUGCACGCCACCUGGCUGCGAUGGGCCGGCCGCCUCCCCACUACAGAACGAGCACUCUUUCCAGGCCCAGCUGAGGGCCGCUGCCUGCACGCUCUUCCUAUUCUCAGCCACGUGGACCUUCGGGGCCUUGGCCGUGUCGCAAGGCCCCUUCCUGGACAUGGUCUUCAGCUGUCUGUACGGGGCCUUCUGCGUGACGCUGGGGCUCUUCGUGCUCAUCCACCACUGUGCCAAGCGGGAGGACGUGUGGCAGUGCUGGUGGUCCUGCUGCCCCUCCCGGGGGGAUGCCGCCACCUCCACGCCCGGCGCCCACCCCGCCCUGGACGCCAACGGGGACGCACUGGGGCAUGCUGCCCGCCUGCCAGACUCCCCCUGUGCAAGCCAGCCCAGGGGCUUCGGCCACCUGCCCUCCGGCCACUGCAAGAUGACCAACCUUCAGGCUGCUCAGGGCCACGUCGGCUGCCUGCCACCGGCCACCCCUUGCUGCGCCAAGAUGCACUGCGAGCAGCUGAUGGAGGAGGAGGCUCACAUGCGCAUGGCUGAGGGAGACGCCUUCCCGCACACCCCACGCCCGCACAGAUGCCUCGAGGGCAGAACUAAGCCCCACUACUUCAGCCGACACCAGGCCGCCGCUCAUCAGAGCUACGCCUACCACAUCCCCUCCAGCCUGGACGGCAGCGCCCCCAGCUCCCACACAGACAGCCCCCUCAGCUCCCUGGAGGGCCCAGAGGGGGUGCACACACUGGCCUGCUGUGCCCAGGCCGGCCCCUUCCCCCUGGUCAGCCAGCCUGAGGGCGGUGAGGCCAGCCUGGGGCUCUACGGGUGCCCCCCACGGCUGCCUCCAGGCCCGGCCCAUCUGGAGAUGCUCCGCAGGACACCGUCCCUGUCCUUCCACGGCCCCAGCCCCGACGGGCUCCUCCGGGGCAGCAUCCAGGAAGGCCUGCCAUUCAGCACUGACAGCACAGGCAACAUCCGAACAGGGCCCUGGAAAAACGAAACUACUGUGUAG